AGGCAUUGAUCAUGCAGUGGCUAACAACGAGGUCCCCUUAAGAUCACAUGAGCUACCAUCACUGUUGAAACAGGUGUACAAGUAUAGGAAUGACUUUUCCCUCCAAGACGCUUCUAUGGUGUUGCUGAUGUCUGUCAAGUGUGCCUGCAAGGUUGGGUGGUUUCAGAAUGAAGAUACCAAUGAUCUGCUUAAACUUAUCCAGGAGGUUAGCAGAUACUUCUCCAGUGCUGAAGAUAUUGGUGUUGACCCCAGCUACAUCCACCCUUAUGUUUCAAAAGUAUUAAGAAGAUUCUCUCCAAAGCUGAAGAUGGACAGGAUAGUAGCUGCUUUUCAAAUCAAGGCAGGUUAAUUUGUCUACUAAAUGGUC